CACCUCCAACCCUCACACUUCCUCACACCAAUACCAAUAUAUUCACUCUUAGCCUCCUCCACAAUUCAUUCUUUCUCUGAUCAUUUCCCUUUUAGCUCUUUAAUCGUCGUCAUGGGUGUGUUCACAUAUGAAACCGAGUUCACCUCAGUCAUCCCACCAGCCAAAUUGUACAAGGCUUUCGUCCUUGAUGCCGACAACCUCAUCCCCAAGAUUGCCCCUCAGGCAGUGAAGAGUGCUGAAAUUUGUGAAGGUGAUGGAGGAGUUGGAACCAUCAAGAAGAUCCACCUUGGUGAAGGAAGUGAAUACAGCUACGUAAAGCACAAGAUCGAUGGACUUGACAAGGACAACUAUGUGUACAACUACAGUAUCAUUGAGGGAGAUGCCAUCGGAGACAAGGUCGAGAAGAUCUCCUAUGAGAUUAAGUUGAUUGCAUCCGAGGGAGGAUCCAUCAUCAAGAGCACCAGCCACUACCAUUGCAAGGGUGAGGUUGAGAUCAAGGAGGAGCACGUCAAGGCCGGAAAAGAAAGAGCCGCUGGUCUGUUCAAGCUCGUCGAGAGCUACCUUUUGGCCCACCCCGAGGAAUACAACUAAACCUUGCUGUCUCUAUGGUAGUAGUAUUGAGCGCUACUAUGGACAAUAAUAGUGUUGUGUCCUGCUCUUUGAUUCUGUCAUUGGUGUGGCUUUGCUAUUUUUUCCUCUUCUUGUCUGAGUUUGUUUUGGCUUGCACUUCGGUUUAUGUGUGGCAAAUUGUAAUGCAAUAAUGGUGGAUUUGAUUCUAAAUAAAUAAACGAAAUAUCAUUUGGUAAGUAAGAGUUACUGUUUUGCCAGUUCUUUGAAUCUGAAUACUGAACUGAUCUACAAAUUGAGAAUUCUACAGAGCCGGUUCUACUUUGUAAACUAGAUUUGU